AUGAAAACAACUGAACAAUGGUUAACUUACAGAGCUCUCCGUAACAAACCAACUAGUCUUAUCAGAGCAGCGAAGCGUGACUACUAUUCAAGCCUGAUUGAUGAGAACAAAGGGGACUCCACCAAACUCUGGAAGUUACUGAAAUCUGCCAUCUCAACUGAUACAAAGUGCUCAAAUGUAGGAUGUUUGGAAACUACCACUGGCCUUGCUCAAGAGCCGAGGAAGGUCGCACGGGGUUUUGCACAUUACUUCGGCACCAUAGUCGCAGAAAUCAGAGGAGGCUUCAUGGGCUCAACAAGAAGACUCAGUCUUUUACCCAAGGCUCGCCAUGUUUUCAAACUAUCUUCCAUAAGAGAGGAAUUUGUCAGGAAAGAAUUAAAGAAUAUUAAAUCUUCUAAAUCAACCGACCUCGCUGAUUUUCCCGCAUGUCUCCUUACGGUUCUGGCGCGAUGGCAAGACCCUUGA